AUUGUAAAACCCCUCAAACUUCUGUUUCUGCUGCUCUGUCCUCUUUUUUUCUUCUUCUUUGCAAGUUUGUCUGUCUGUGAUUUGGAGCAAUAUCUGGCUGUUGCUGCCUAUUCUCCACAUUGUGUUAAUAAUGCUUAUUCAUUACUAACUCAAAUAAUAGAUUUCAUUUGUUGUUUGUUUGUGUGUCUGUCCAUCUCUUUGGUUUCCCUCUGUCCAUCCUGCAACCUUUUCUCACCUCCUCCCCUGUUUUUUCCCCUCCCUCGUCCCCUUCUGUCCUGUGGUGCAUCAUGGGACAUGUAGGCUUCUAUGGUCUGGAUGAGUCCGACCUGGACAAGGUGUUCCGGCUGCCCACUACCACCUUCAUCGGCGGCUCAGAGAGCGCCCUGCCAUUGAAGGAGAUCAUCCGACGACUGGAGAUGGCGUACUGUCAGCACAUCGGUGUGGAGUUCAUGUUCAUCAACGAUUUGGAUCAGUGUCAGUGGAUCAGACAGAAGUUUGAGACUCCGGGAGUGAUGCAGUUCACUCUGGAGGAGAAGAGGACACUGCUGGCCCGCAUGGUCCGCUCCACCAGGUAAACACAUCAA